CAGCAGCGCUGGGAGCGCAGGAUGCCCGCAGCCCUGGAGUAUGAGGAGGUCAGCUGGGCCUGGGUGGUCCUGCUGGCCACACUGCUGAGCCAGGCCCUCACGCUGGGCUUCCCGACGUGCAUUGGCAUCUUCUUCACCGAGCUGCAGCGGGACUUCGAGGCCAGCAACAGCGAGACGUCCUGGUUCCCCUCCAUCCUGACAGCUAUGCUCCAUGCUGGCGGGCCCCUGUGCAGCAUCCUGGUGAACUGCUUCGGCUGCCGGCCGACAGCGAUGCUGGGAGGGGUGUUGGCCUGCGUGGGCAUGGUGGCCAGCUGCUCCUCCAGGACCCUUGGGCAGCUCUACAUCACGGCAGGAUUCAUCACAGGCCUGGGCAUGUGCUUCACCUUCCAGGCCAGCAUCACGGUCCUGGGCUACUACUUCACCCGCCGGCGGGCACUGGCCAACGCGCUGGCAUCGGCGGGCAACGCCAUCGGCGUCAUGCUCUGGCCUCUGCUCUCCCGUUACCUCUUGGGGAACCUGGGCUGGCGGGGCACCUUCUUAAUCUUCGGUGGGGUCUUCCUGCACUGCUGCAUCUGUGGCGCCAUCAUGAGGCCUGUGGCCACCUCCACAGCCCCUAGGACUAAAGAAGCACCCCCUCUGCCCCUCAAGACGCCGGCGCUCGGCUGCCUGGCCGCAUGUGGCCGGACCUUCAAGCACCACCUGGCCUUCGACAUCCUGCUGCACAACCCCGGCUACCGCGUGUACACGCUGGGCGUCGUGUGGAUGUUCAUGGGCUUCCUGCUGCCAAACGUCUUCCUGGUGCCCUUCGCCGUGCGGCACGGGGUGGACGAGCAGCAGGCCGCCCUGCUCGUCUCCAUCAUCGGCUUCUUUAACAUCUUCCUGCGGCCGGUGACCGGGCUGGUGGCCAGCCAGCCCAGGUUCGCCAAGUACCGCAAGUACCUGUUCACGCUGGCAGUCCUGCUCAACGGGCUCACCAACCUGAUGUGCGUGACCUCGGCGGACUUCCACGUGCUGGUCGGCUACUGCCUGGUGUACAGCGUGUCCAUGAGCGUCAUCGGCGCCCUCCUCUUCCAGGUCCUCAUGGACUUCGUCCCCAUGGACCGCUUCUCCAGCGCUCUGGGCCUCGUCACUGUCCUGGAAAGCUUCUCCAUCCUCAUCGCCCCACCCACAGCAGGGUUCCUUCUGGAUACCACCAACAACUUCAACUAUGUUUUCUACAUGUCCAGCUUUUUCCUCAUCUCAGCUGCCCUCUUCAUGGGUGGCAGCUUCUAUGCUCUGGAAAAGAGGGAGAAGAGAGAUACGCUGGCUAAGACCGAAGGAGCCACCCUAGAAACUGCUGCAGAGAGGGGCCUCAUCCUGGUGGUGCCCUCGGAGAAGCAGCCGUGCCCCGAGGUCAUGUAUGUGACCAGUGUCUGA